ACGAGUAUUACUAAACCGCAACUGCCGCUUAAGGAUCGUAUUACAUUUGACUAGUUGUAAAACUGAACUCGCGCGGGCAACAUGUUUCCCUUGUUAAUAAUAAUUUUUAUUGUUGUUGUUUACAUCUACACCACGAGAAACUACAACUAUUGGUCAAAGAGGAACAUAAAACAUGAUCCGCCAAUACCCUUGUUCGGAAACCAUUUCAGAAACGUAUUCGGCGUCAAAAGCAUUACGGAACUUUCUACUGAAUUAUAUACAAAAUAUGAUAAAGAGAAAGUCGUCGGUUACUACUGUGGAUCCACACCCCUUCUGAUCGUGAGAGAUUUGGACAUAGCCAGGAAUAUAAUGACGAUGGACUUCGUCUAUUUCUACCCGAGGGGUCUCGGCAGAGAUCCCAAGUACGAGCCGCUGCUCAACAAUCUAUUUCACAGCGACGGCGACACCUGGAAGCUCCUGCGACAGAGGUUAACGCCGGCUUUCACCACUGCUAAGUUAAAGAAGAUGUUUCCCCUCGUGGUGAAGUGCGCAGAGAAAAUGCAGACGGUUGCGGAUGGCAUAGCGGCUCGGGGCGGGGAGUGCGAUGUGCGGGAACUGAUGGCGCGCUUUACUACAGAGUUCAUUGGCGCCUGCGGCUUUGGAAUCGAAAUGGACACUAUCAACACCGAGCACUCCCUGUUCAGGGAACUCGGCAAGAAGAUCUUUACACGGUCUUGGAGACACAUUCUUCUGGUUGCUGUAUGGGACGUGGUUCCGGAGUUGAGGAGGUUGCUUCGCGUUGAAGACCACACUGUAGAAAACAAUCUUACUGAGAUUGUACAGAAGGUUCGAGAGCACAGGAACUAUAAGCCGUCCGAGAGAAAUGAUUUCAUCGAUCUGCUGCUCGAAUUAGAAUCUAAGGGUAAAAUAAUCGGAGAAUCGAUCGAAAAAUCUAAUCCAGAUGGAAGCCCGGUACUAGUUGAUAUGGAGAUGGACAUAAAAUGUAUAGUAGCUCAGGUGUUUGUAUUCUUCGCUGCGGGCUUCGAGACCUCCUCGUCGGCGACCAGCUACUGUCUGCACGAACUCGCAUUCCAUCCGAAAAUUCAAGAGAAAGUGCAAUUGGAGAUCGAUGAAAAGUUGAAACAGUACGAUAACAAAUUAUGUUAUGACGCUAUCGCUGAGAUGUCCUACCUCCAUAUGGCGUUUAAAGAAUCUCUGAGAAAAUUUCCCUCGCUGGGAGUCUUAAACAGAACGUGCGCGCGGCGAUACAAAAUACCAGAGUUAGAUAUCACAAUAGACCCCGGAGUGAAGAUAGUGAUACCGAUACAGGCAAUACAAAUGGAUGAAAAGUACUUCGAUAAUCCAAAUGAGUUUCGUCCGGAGAGAUUUUCCCCGGAAGAGGAGAAGAAACUCAAUCAAUAUAUGUAUUCGCCAUUCGGUCGCGGACCUCGGGCUUGUAUUGGAACUCGUCUCGGUGAGAUGCAAUCGCUCGCGGGUCUAGCGGCUUUGCUGCACAAGUUCACAGUAGAACCUUCCCAGCACACACAAAGGGAUCUCAAGGUCAACCACUGGAGUAACAUUGUACAAGGAGUAAUCGGCGGCAUACCACUGAAGCUUACACCGAGAAAGAUAUUGAAUAUGGAAUAAAAUAUAUUACAGGACACGGAAUAUUGCUAAUAAUUUACAUCGCCUAUUUGUAAUUCCCGGAACAUCUUAAAGACUGUAAAGAUUAAUUCGAUUUGUAUGCAAUUUGCCGAGUAUUCCCCUUUUGUCCAGGCAAAUUACAAACGGGCGGGGUCAAUAAUUUGCCGCUGAGAGAUAACAGAAAUACCGCAUAUCAGAAUAUGUAGAGAGCUAAUAAAAUUAUAUAUCAACUAUGCUUUAUGGUGCAAUGAAUAUUUAAGAUAAUUAUGUAAACAACAUAACUUUAUACAUUUGCCUAAAUGUUUAGAUUUAGAUCUAUGAUACAUGAAGUCAUCAAAACAAGAUUUAACAAGACGGCGUCAAUACUUAAAUAUUAUUUUAUAAUUUUUAGAAAUUAAAUACUGAUCCAAAAGUA